AUGGAAUUAGAUUAUGUUGUGAAGGUAGUCGAGCAACUCGCUCUAGGUAAUAUCCCAUUCUGCGUGGUGGGAGAGCUUGCUCUGAACUAUUACAACGUCCCAAGGGCUGUCCAUGAUAUUGAGAUCUGUGUCCCGGCAAAUCAUCUUCCAGAAGCUGUGGACAUCCUUCAAACCAACUGUCGCUUGAUGAAGAUAUCAAAUGUACCUAAAGAGGACAUUUUCACCGAUUACAAGAAGAAAUUCCCACGAUUUGCUUCCCAAGAAGGGCCGAAUAUCCAGCUGACGCUACUCCUGGAUGAAGUAUACGGCUUUCAAUGCCUGGAAAAUACGAUCAUUCCAGACGACCGCCAACACUCAGACUCCUAUUACAGCAAAGAGAUCCUUGAUGUGCUCUCUCCAGAUGCAAUUGCAUCACUUCCUUUUCCAAGUUUAGGAGCUUUUUUGGGGGGCUUGUGCUCUAGGUACAUCAAGUCGAGGGAUGUUGUGUACGCCAUGGCAGCCGAGCAGUUGGUAGACGGUAUGGAUAUCGACACUGCUUGGUGUCAUGUACACCUUGCGCACUUGCCCCCUGUCGAGCAAAAAUUUGCAAGUGACCUGGUUGCAGGAAAGCGAGGCCGUAUGGAUGAUUUCUCCGAGAACAAGAUCACCUGUUAUGUGGUCGACAUUCAAGAUUCAACCAACAUACGCCGAAUCCCUGGAUCGGGCUUUUCUGAGCUUCCAGAGCACGGGAAUGGGCGGCGCUUGAUGGAAUGCAAUGUCUCAACUUUGGCUACACAGGAUGUAUCAGAAGGCGGCCUUGACCAGACCCGGCCAACUUUGGCCCCAAGACACCCGACUGAAGGCUCUGAACCGAAACAACAGGAGCCACCCGAAGAACUAUUUGAUGAUCAGAACUCCCCAGCAUCAUCAUGGAGCCUUUGA